AUGGCACGCUUUCCAGAUCUACCAAACGAACUAGUUCGUGAGGUCAUGACAUAUGUCAUGCCAGAGGACAUCGAGAACUUUUCCCUAAUUUCUAAGAGGUUUUACGCCGUGGCUUUGCCGCUUCUGAAGGAGCACCGGGAGCUGAGGGUACGCUAUAGCGACUUUGACGAUAUUGGAAAGGCGGCGUUCUUUGGGUGCCGGUUUGAAUUCGACUAUUUGGACUACCUAAUCCGAACAAACUGUACCCUAGGCGACAGUUUCUCAAAUUUGCUGAUCGAUGUCCUGGCCAACCGUCGGAUGGCGCUUUACAUAAAGGAACUUCGCUUAGACGGCUGGUUUCUUGAAUGGGAAUCUAUGAUUCCCGACCCUUCGCGUGAGCGGCAUGAGCACCGCCCGUAUACUCAAGAGCAAUUCGUCCUGUUCAAGCAGGCUUUGUCGAGAUACGUGCUUCCAGGGAAGCUGGAAACAUGGAUCGAAGAGCUCGAAUCAGGGCACGAGGGUCCUAUCAUACGCCUUCUGCUCAUUCUCCUUCCAAGGAUCAAAUCGAUCAAGUUUCAAUGGUGGAGCGAGGUGGUGCAUCAACUUCGAGAGGUGAUCGAGCGAAUCAGAACAGAUUGCAUAGAGGACACUCCGAUACUCAGUUGUCUCGAGCAAAUCAACAUACAGUUUGAGGAGUACUUUAUCAAUCCCGAAUUGCGUCCGCUCGACUUGUUGGCAUUCCUGGCUACAAUACCGUCGCUCAAGUCGCUCUACGGUGUAUACAUCACUGCUUAUGGUCAUUCCCAUGACUUCAGCUGUCUCUUGCCACACUCCUCGAAUAUCACCGAUCUGGGCUUCAAAUGGUGCUACAUCAGCCUUGAACAACUGGGAGAGUUUCUGCACGGUCUGAAGGCAUUGCAAACCUUCAGCUACAGUCACGACAAACAUGAUGAAGGACGUGGUGACGAGGUAUGGUGGGACCCGGCAGGGAUAUGCAAAGUGUUGUCGGCACACGCCCAACGAUCCCUCAAUGUGUUGGGCCUCCGUAGCGUUAAUGAGCCUAAAGGACCCAUUGAGAAUCUCCAAGACUUCAAGGUUCUGAAAGAGCUGACCCUGAGCUUUUCGCUCUUCUGGAGGGGAACGGGUUAUUCUAUGGAGACUUUUGCAUGUGCGCUACCAGAAUCUAUCCAAAAGCUCAGUAUCCAUGACAUUGAGGUCGAGCACGUUUCACAAAUUGAGAGUACGAUCCAAGAGUUGGUGCUUUUCAGACCGGAUCGUUUGCCCAACCUUGAGAAGGUCUGCUAUUGUGUGUCUCGGGAUGUACACUGGCCCCACUGGUUCAGCCAAAACACGGACAAGCUGCGAAAGUCUUGUGAGGAUGCAGGAUUCGAGCUGCGCUUCCGAAAUGAAGAAUAG